AUGGCGUCGAAGCCGAAGCCCCACACCUCUUCCUUCAUCCUUUUCUUGAUAGCCCUCCUAGUCUUCACCAUCUACUACCUACGACAGCUGCACGACUGCUUCCAAAGCGCAGUAACCUACUCGGAACCAUCUACCAAUCCCGACUGGUACGACGUCAUUGCGAGGGACGUGGGAGACGAGCGGAUGAUCAACAUCGGGCUGCUGAACAUGGACGGCGAUGAAACGGCGGCGUUGGAGGCCAAGGGGAAGGUGGUGAAGGUGGAGUUGGAGCCGCUGGAUAAGGGCGUGCAGUGGUCGGACUUGUUCCCGGAGUGGAUCAACGAGAGCUCGACGAUGACGAGCUGCCCGGAGCUCUCAAUGCCGGAGUUCGGGAGGUACGAGGAGCUGGACGUGGUGGUGGCUAGGGUUCCUUGUAAUAAGUGUGAGGAGAGUGGGUGGAGGGAUGUUGCUAGGUUGCAUGUGAAUUUGGUGGUGGCUAAUUUGUUGGUGAGAAGUGGGAGAGUGGGAAGUGGUAGGCCCCUUUUUGCAGUGUUUGUGGGGUGUUGUGGUCCGAUGUGGGAGAUUUUCCGGUGUGAUGAUCUGCUGCUACGCGUUGCUGAUUCUUGGAUUUACAAACCUCAGUUGAGGAGGCUCAAACAGAUUGUGCGCCUGCCCGUCGGAACUUGCCAAGUCACCCCGCCGUCACCACAAUCCGGCGAAGAAUUGAGUGAGGAGAAAGCACGAGAGGCAUACGUUACAGUGCUACACUCGUCAGAAGCGUACGUGUGUGGAGCAAUAGCUCUAGCACAGAGCAUCAUCCAAACAAACACAACGAGAGAGCUGGUACUCCUCGCCGACGAUCACGUCUCGCCGGAAUCCAUGAACGGGCUCCGAGCAGCCGGGUGGAAGAUCAAGCGAAUCCGGCGCAUACGAAGCCCUCACUCGAGGAAGGACUCGUACAACGAGUGGAACUACAGCAAGCUCCGCCUCUGGCAACUCGUAGAGUACGACAAGGUGAUGUUCAUCGACGCCGACCUCAUCGUCACCAGAAACCUCGACGGCUUCUUCGGUCACCCGCAGAUCUCGGCCGCGGGCAACGACAGACACAUGUUCAACUCGGGGCUGAUGCUUCUAGAACCAUCGGCGUGCACGUUCAGAACCCUGAUGAAGAGGAGGUGGCUGGUGCGGUCCUACAACGGCGGCGACCAGGGAUACCUGAACGAGAUGUUCCCGUGGUGGCACCGCCUCCCCAAGAAGAUCAACCACCUCAAGUUCUUCCCCCCCAGUGGCGAUGGCCAUUACGAGCACCGGAUACCUGAUGACGCCUACGCGCUGCACUACCUCGGCUUGAAGCCGUGGAUGUGCUACAAGGACUACGACUGCAACUGGGACAAGGCCAUCACGCAGAUAUUCGCCAGCGACUCCGCCAAUCAGAGGUGGUGGCGCGUCUACGACACCAUGCCGAAGAGCUUGAGGCGGUUCUGCGCCUUGACGCCGAAAGCGGAUGCCAGGAUUAGAAAGCAUAGGAUUAAGGCUAAGCGUGCUAACUUUGCUGAUGGACACUGGAGGAUCAAGGUGCAUGACCCAAGGCAAAUUAUUUAAUUUGUUUUAUUAGAUAAGUAUAAUGUAUAAAUUAAGUUUUAAGAUGAAUUUGUUGUACUGUUACUGUUAGAGAUCUUCCAUACUAAUUUCGAAAUGGACGACCUCCAAAAUAUUU